AUUUUAGUAAUGGAAGAUUUGAACGAAGUUAAUCCAAAAAAUAAUCUGGUGGAAAAGGAGCCAUGCAAUUGUGGAUAUAUGAAAUGCUUAUCGAAAGCAGAAAAUCCAAUAGCUACGUUGGAACAAGAAAUUAGAUGUUUAUUUGGUGAUAUACUUACGAUUCAGAGAAGUGUAAAAAGGCAGAUAGACAGUAUAAAGAAAGUGAUGAAAAGAGUUACAGAUGAUGAGUUCAAGAAAGUACAGAAGAAUUGGGCCUACGCGAAAUAUGGCUCUGGAUCCGCUAGUCGCCACCUAUAUCUAGAUCUUAAACGUAUUGAAAAUUGUAAUAAAGCACAAACCUUUUUGAAGAAUAACCAAGAGAAUGAAAUCUUUCAAAAAUAUUUAUUGUGGAAGCAGAAAUAUGCAAAAGUCAUACAAAAGUUUCUUUCGCUGGACGAAAAAACUUUUUACUCAUACAGAUGUCAAGUUUUACACAGUUGAAUAUUAUAAAUUCGAUAGUUACAUGAGCGAACGUAUUAAAAAUGACGAAAAGUAUAAAGAUCAUACAUGA